UAGUAAUAAAACCUGAAAAACACUGCGUGACUAACUUGAUUUCGUAUGAUAAUUAGUAUUACAAGUAAAUAAACAAUACAGGUCACUUACUUUCUGAUAAACAUGCCUUAUCUACGGUUGCAGAACAGUUUGAUAAUUGGUAGGGAAGUCACAUCAUCAUCGUUUUGUGGAUUUAUUUUCCUUUUCUGAUUGUGAAAUAGAAUGGAUUAUAAAAUUGAAAAAUGUGAUUAUAGUGUAUCUCCAAAAUAUGAUGAAGGUAUCAUUGCUGUUGAUGUUGCAAACAAUGUUUUAGUAGAUUCUGUGACAACAAUGCCCCAAACAGCAAUUUCUUCAAACAUAUUAGAAGCUGAGGAGAGUAAUGAUAAAGAUGAAGACUCGAGUAAGUUAACAUUGGCUUAUGAGCGAUUAUAUGAAAUACCAAGAACUAUAGUUGAGAAGUUUUCCAACUACGUACAGUACUUGGAUAUCAGUCAUAAUAAGAUAACAAAUUUAGAGCCACUUGUUCACUUCAAACACCUUACAUCACUGAUAGCAGAUGACAACCCCGUUACAGAGAAUUGCUUUCUACCACCAUUACCUAAAUUGGAGUUGUUAUGGCUUAAUUAUUGUAAAAUAGCAUCCUUGUAUCCCUGGGUGGGGAAAUUGAAGGAGUCAUGUCCAAAUUUACAAUAUCUAUCACUUAUGGGGAAUCCCGCGGCGCCUAGUUACUUCAAUGGUGGUACUUUUUAUGAGUACUUGCAGUAUAGGCUUUUUUUAAUAUCCCAAUUCCCUUCCCUCAACCACCUUGAUGACCGCAAAAUUACAGAAGACCAAAGGGAGGAAUCACACAGACUAUACAAAAGACCACUCCUACAGAGAAUAGGCCGACCCAACACUAGUAUUUCCAACUUUAUGAAUAGCUCUGUGUCCUGGACCAAUGUACAGAGUAAGUUGACGUUUUUGUGGGGAAAUAGACAAGAUAGAAACCUCUUAAUAUGAUUUUUAACUAUAGACUAUAAUAAUAAUUCUUAUCUUCUAUCAAUAAAAAAAAUCAAAUAUAUGUAUUUAAAUUUUUACGCUAAGGCGUCAGUUGAGAACUGUUGAGAAUGUAUGAUUUGUCAUAAACUCAAAUUAAACCUUGAGUUUCUUAGAGUCGAGACUUAGGGCAAUAGCGCACUAGCGGCCAGGUCGCAGCGAACAGCGAGAUGGAUACAUUAUUAUGAAAUCGCCAUGAACCACGCGCACCUGGCCAGCGGUGGCCAACGAGAUCAAAGCGACGCAUCUGCGGUCACUGAGAUCAUACUUUCUUGUAGAUAAACACCAGUGUGCGCGCACUAGCUUAGCGUGAUUUGCGCUCAUCGCGAUGUCGUUCAAUACAUAAAGAUUUAUAUCUGACAUUGAGACUAGGAGGACGUUGUGGAUUAUGUCAAUCACAAGCACUACUACUUUCGUCUACUCUACUACUACACGUCCAUUCUGAAGCGCGCUGUAUUUGCAAGUGACGAUUGUAUCUGUGGUUUUGGCCAAAUUGCUUGGCCGCUACACUUUCGGCCGGGACACGCGUAAUGGCCGCGUCAAGGCCGCUAGUGCGUUAUUACCCUUAAUGACUUAUUUGAGGGCAAAAAAAUCCAAACAUAGAAACGACGAAAAUGUAUA